UUGUCCCCAGUGUGUAGGAUAGUGCUCGUGUAGGGGGAUCGCUGGGCGGCGAGUAUUCGGUGGGCAGAAGGGCCUGUUUCCGCGCUGUGUCUCUAAAACUAAAGGAUGACAAACGACAGCUUUCUGGGACCGGACAGGACACGAACAGUGAGUGAGAGCGGCUUCUGAUUGGCGGAGCGAGCGAUUAUGAUUAGAUAUCCAAUCAGAGCGUUUACAGGAGAAGUGUCAUUAAACAUCUCACCGACCGUCCAAUGACGAUCCGCUCCUGCUCCAUCCCUCAUUAGCAUAGGGUGACGUCACUGCCUAUUUAAUCCGCGCACCGAGCGGUUUCUGGUCACUUCUGUGCAAAGAUCGUGUUUUGUUUUUGUGUUUGAAAUCCACCGAGGAAAUGCCUGAUCCGCCGAAAACCAAAGAUGCUGUAGGAUCUUUGCCGAAAACAGCCGCCAAGAAGGGCGCAAAGAAAGCUUUGCCGAAAUCCGCAGGUAAAGGGGGCAAGAAGCGCAGGAGGUCGAGGAAGGAGAGUUACUCCAUCUACAUCUACAAAGUGAUGAAGCAGGUUCACCCGGAUACCGGCAUCUCCUCCAAGGCCAUGGGCAUCAUGAACUCGUUCGUCAACGAUAUUUUCGAGCGUAUCGCGGGCGAGGCUUCCCGCCUGGCGCAUUAUAACAAGCGGGCGACCAUCAGCUCCCGAGAGAUUCAGACGGCCGUGCGCCUGCUUCUUCCCGGGGAGCUGGCCAAGCACGCCGUGUCGGAAGGGACAAAGGCGGUGACCAAGUACACCAGUUCCAAAUAAAGAUCCACACAUUGUUGAAAAAACAAACAAAA